CGGCGGGGGCCCGGCCGGGGGUCGCCGGGGGCCCGGAAGCCGGGGCAGAGCGCGGAAACCAACUUGGAGAGAGGAGUGACCUGGGGGCCGGGGGCGGAGUCGUGAGCGGGGGAGGAGAGAGCCGGCCGCCAGCGAGAUCCGCGCGGCGGCCCAGGAAGCGAGAGCGCCGCCCACCCAUCCGGGGCGAGAGCCGCGCCGCGGGAGAGGCAGGCUGGGCCGGGGGCUGCCCGGGCCUGCGACCCCCCGCCGUGACCCCGCAGCCCCCAGCCCGCCCCCAAGAUGAUGAAGAGGCAGCUGCACCGCAUGCGGCAGCUGGCCCAGACGGGCAGCUUGGGACGCACCCCGGAGACCGCUGAGUUCCUGGGUGAGGACCUGCUUCAGGUGGAACAGCGGCUGGAGCCGGCCAAGCGAGCGGCCCACAGCGUCCACAAGCGCCUGCAGGCCUGUCUGCAGGGCCAGAGCGGGGCAGACAUGGACAAGCGGGUGAAGAAGCUUCCCCUCAUGGCUCUGUCUACCACGAUGGCGGAGAGCUUCAAGGAGCUGGACCCUGAUUCCAGCAUGGGGAAGGCCUUGGAGAUGAGCUGUGCCAUCCAGAACCAGCUGGCCCGCAUCCUGGCCGAGUUUGAGAUGACCCUGGAGAGGGACGUCCUGCAGCCGCUCAGCAGGCUGAGUGAGGAGGAGCUGCCAGCCAUCCUCAAGCACAAGAAAAGCCUCCAGAAGCUCGUGUCCGACUGGAACACGCUCAAGAGCAGGCUCAGUCAGGCAGCCAAGAAUUCAGGCAGCGGUCAAGGCCUGGGAGGCGGCCCAGGUAGUCACAGCCACAUGACCAUGGCCAACAAGGUGGAGACGCUGAAGGAGGAGGAGGAGGAGCUGAAGAGGAAGGUGGAGCAGUGCAGGGACGAGUACUUGGCUGACCUGUACCACUUUGUUACCAAGGAGGACUCCUAUGCCAACUACUUUAUUCAUCUCCUGGAGAUUCAGGCCGAUUACCAUCGCAGGUCACUGAGCUCGCUGGACACAGCCCUGGCUGAGCUGAGGGAGAACCACGGCCAAGCAGACCACUCCCCCUCGAUGACGGCCCCCUUCUCCAGGGUGUAUGGGGUGUCGCUGGCAACCCACCUUCGAGAGCUGGGCCGGGAGAUUGCCCUGCCCAUCGAGGCCUGCGUCAUGAUGCUGCUUUCUGAGGGCAUGAAGGAAGAGGGGCUCUUCCGUCUGGCCGCUGGGGCCUCGGUGCUGAAGCGCCUCAAGCAGACGAUGGCCUCGGACCCCCACAGCCUGGAGGAGUUCUGCUCUGACCCGCACGCCGUGGCAGGCGCCCUCAAGUCCUACCUUAGGGAGCUGCCAGAGCCCUUGAUGACCUUCGACCUCUAUGACGACUGGAUGAGAGCAGCCAGCCUGAAGGAGCCAGGGGCCCGGCUGCAGGCCCUCCAAGAGGUGUGCAGCCACCUGCCCCCCGAGAACCUCAGCAACCUCAGGUACUUGAUGAAGUUCCUGGCACGGCUGGCCGAGGAGCAGGAGGUGAACAAGAUGACACCCAGCAACAUCGCCAUCGUCCUGGGACCCAACCUGCUGUGGCCACCUGAGAAAGAAGGGGACCAGGCCCAGCUGGACGCAGCCUCCGUGUCUUCCAUCCAGGUGGUAGGCGUAGUCGAGGCCCUGAUCCAGAGCGCAGACACCCUCUUCCCUGGAGACAUCAACUUCAACAUGUCAGGCCUCUUCUCAGACGUCACCCUCCAGGACACAGUCAGUGACAGGCUGACCUCUGAUGAGCUUCCGCCCACCACUGUGCCCACCUCAGCCACCACCCUGGCUCCGGCUUCAGCUCUGGUUCCAGCCCCAGCCUUGGCGUCCGCGGCUACCAAGGAGAGGACAGAGUCUGAGGUGCCGCCCAGACCAGCCUCCCCCAAGGUCACCAGGAGCCCCCCGGAGACAGCUGCCCCAGCGGAGGACGUGGCUCGGAGGAGCACCGGGAGCCUGGCCGCUGCGGUGGAGACGGCCUCGGGACGCCAGGCCCUGGUGGUGGGCAAGCCCAGCCCCUACAUGUUCGAGUGCAUCACGGAGAACUUCAGCAUGGAUCCCGCACGCACGCUCAUGGUGGGUGACCGCCUAGAGACCGACAUCCUCUUCGGCCACCGCUGCGGCAUGACCACCGUGCUCACGCUCACAGGAGUCUCCCGCCUAGAAGAGGCCCAGGCCUACCUGGCAGCUGGCCAGCACGACCUCGUGCCCCAUUACUAUGUGGAGAGCAUCGCAGACUUGAUGGAGGGGUUGGAGGACUGAGCCCACUGCACCUGCAGCCACAGGCCCACCCCUCCCCGCUCCCUGAUCCCGUAGGUGGAGGCGAUGGGUCACAAGCUGUGUCAGGCACCACCGGCUCCUUCACCCAGUUCUGCACCGGGGUGGGGCUCGGACCCAGGGAAGGUUUGAGAGCCCUUGCAGUCCCCUCCCAGCAGUGGCCGGGCACUCUUUGCUAUCCCAGAAGCUGGUCUCCUACGGGUUCAUCUUGGCCUGAUCCAGCCAGGUGGCCUUAUUUCCUGCCCUGUCACCUCUCCUCCUUGAAAUCUGGGCUCUGGUGCCCCCUGAAGAUUUCCUCCAGCCCUGAGCACUUAGUUUUCUCCUGCUUCCCUGGGGCUUCUAGAGCUCUCCCCGCCCCUCAGGUCCUGGCCCUUGGGUCCUUGUUAACCAGAGGUCUAGGUAACCACAACCCUUAUUGUCCUGAGUGGACCAAUCCAAAGGCAAAGUGACAGUGACUCAUUGAUGUUGAGUCCUGUAGGGUACCAAUUUAGGCUCCUAAGUAAUGUGACCCUUUCAUGUCCUGGAGCCCGAGUGGACCAAUCUGAAGCCUAAGUGACAGUGACCCUCACAUGUCUUAGGUCCCUGGGUGGACCCAUUGGGACCCCAAGUAUUAGUGAUCCAGUAAGUGAUCUUUUAGAUCCUCAACAGAACAAUCCAGAAGUCUGCAAGACAGUGGCCCUUUGAUAAUCUGGGUGUGACAGGACCAGCUAGGGGUCCAGGUUUCAGUCAGUAAAUAAGAGUG